AUCAUAAUUGUACAAAUUGUACAAAGAGUAUCCAGUGUUUGUUGAUCUUGAAGUAACUAAGAAAAGGGAGGGACUAAAAGAGGAAACAGUUACUGUAGGUGUGACGAGAGAAGAACCACAACCCAGCAGUUAUAAAACCAGACGCCUUCACACAUUAGUUUCAUUUAUUGUGUGAGGUUCAUUGACUCUGAGCAACUGAGCAAUAAAUGGCUUCACACAGGUUGAACAUCUUCAAAGGGACCUGAGAAGAGUGUGAGACCAUGACUCCUGUAAAGACGUGUUUCCUGCUGCUCCUCAGCGUCCUGUUCAUCGCUCCCACAGUAUCUGAGGUGGUAACGUCCAUGUCAGACUGUGAAGGGUUUCUGCUUAACAACAAACCUCCUCAGGUUCCAGACGUCGUGAAGAAUGAUAAAAUACAGGACAACAACCGAUACAAAGUCAUCUGUCAGACUUAUAACAAUGUGAGGAGGUUUGUGACGCUUUAUGACACCAAGAACAGGAUCCCAGUGUUUUCUGCUUACAAGUUCACAGGAGCAAAGGGGAAAAGACCACAGACACCCUGGAAGAUGGAGCCACAGGCUAGUGACACUGAUUAAAAAAGCGGAUAUGACAGAGGUCAUUUAUUUCCAUCUUCAUAUGCAAAUCAUGAAGAUGACAAAAUCUCAACAUUCACUCUGACAAACGCUGUUCCACAAAUUCCAUCUUUCAACCAAGGCAGCUGGAACAAAAUGGAGACCUGUGUUAAAUGUAUUGUGGAAAGGUUCUGUGUUAACAGUAAUAAUAUCACUAAAGCCUAUGUAAUAACUGGAGCAAAGCCCAGUGUCAGCAACACAAUCAACAAAAGGGUAAAUGUACCUUCACUGCUCUGGUCGGCGUUCUGCUGUUACAGUGAGAACCUGAACAAGUGGAUAGCGAGCGCGUACUGGGGAGAAAAUCUUAAAGAUGGAGCUGAUAAACCAAUUCUACCCACGAACACAUUAACACAACUCUAUGAUCAGCUGAAGGAUGGAGACAAAGGUUUCCAGCAUCAACUUGUCCAAUGGUUGAAACUGUUGAUGAUCUUUACUCUCAAGUGAAAAAAGACUGUAAUUGUAUUAAGAAAACUAAAGGUUAAUUAUUUCUCCCUCCAUCAAUCACACAUGAAUUUCUUUAACAUUUACCAAUUUGUUACACUUAAUUACUGUACGAUUAGUUACUUCUGACAAGUCUAAUAAUUUAGGAUUAUUCUAUUGAAUUGUAUGAGGUUUAUUAUCUAUAAUUCUACUUUAAACCUAGGGUUUUACAUGUUUACUCAUAUUUCAAUGAGUUUAUGUAUUAACGUUAAUACAAACACCGUCUUCAGCUGAAUAUCCAAACUUACAACUUUAAUAAAUAUUAGU